AUGUUUGACAAAAUUCGAUGCUUCUGGGAUUGCCGCGCUCGGGACUUCAUCAUUCCAUCCAUGACGACAGGUACGAUGUUGGACGAUUCGGACAAUGUCAAGAAACCCGGGUCUUUAGGGAGACAAGCGGUUGGCUCAGAGUCAGUUCCAUUGAAAGGCGAAUCUUUCGAGGACACGGCUGCAAAUGUGAAUGAAGGCACAUUUAGAAAACUGCUACAGAGGCUGACAGAACGACUGUCCAAAUGGGGUGUUGAAACCGAAGGGUUCGAGAGCUUCGCCUGGGUUCCUGCUGUCAUUACCUUCCCCACCUUAUUAGGCCUCGCAAACAAACAUUUGAACCCUUCCACUAUGCCCUCCCUCCCUACUCCAUCAGCCUCAAUGAUGCUAUCUUUUGCAUCAUUUGUAGCAUCGGGGGUCGUCAGUUGGUGCACCAUUACUCCUGAUUACGGGGUAUACCAUGACCAUAACGGGUCAGCCUUCAAAAUAUUUCUGUACUCAUACUUUGGAUUUCUGCUCCCAAGUGUUGGUCAUAUCGUCGCAUGGGGCAUGAUGGGUGCAGCAUUUGCGGCGGCAGAGCCUGGAAUUCCAUCAUGGAAGGAAGGGUAUGACAACGGCAACGACCUCGGUGGCCUCCUUGGUUCCGUUCUCUCUCCCACAGCUAUAGUCGGCGCCAGAAGAUUCUACAGAGCGCUUGUUGACAUUCUGAGCGUGAUCGGAUACUGGUCGACCUCGUUCGGUACAAUCGUUUUGAUUGAACAUUUUGUUUUCCGAACCUCUUUUCAAAGCUAUGAUAUAGAAAGAUGGGAUAAAGCCGAACUCUUACCCCCUGGCAUUGCAGCCGUUAUUGCCUUUCUGGGGUCGCUUGGGAUAAUCAUUCCUUCAAUGCAGCAAACAUGGUACACUGGUCCCAUCGCCGCUUCCGGUACUGGUGACAUUGGAGUGUUUACUGGGGCAGCAGUUACAGUGCUGCUAUACACGCCUCUGAGGGCAAUUGAACGGCGGAUAUGGCCCGGAAGGUAA